ACUUCGUAACCAAUCAAUAACUCUGACACAAAAUCUAGUCGGGCUAUGUAUAAAACAUUUUCCCUAUUUCGCCACCGAUGAUCAGUAUCGCAAAGUGAUAAGUUGAUGUAAAAGUCCUCAUGUUCUGCUCGGAUACAUCCAGGCGCUUGAUAACACAGACUUAUGUUCAAAGAUGGUUUCAGUGCACCAAUCAGUUGUCGAAUGUGUUACAAUAAUAGCGGAUCGAUGACAAACUUUAAAAAGAACUGAAUUUAAAAAAAAAAUGUUAAAGUUUGCUUUGAAUGAUUUUGAUUGUUAAACGAUACAUGGAAUAUUUUUCUUUUAAAGUUUAGAAAGUUAGUUUUCUAGUGUUUCAUUGGAAUGUAUCUUAUUCAGAAUGGAUGGGCUAUUUCGCGGAUUAAUGUUGUGGCUUAAAGUCGCCAUAAUAUGUGGAUUAACUUUAUCUUCAGAGGUUCAGGCUAAUUGGAUGUACCUGGGAAUCUCCGCUGUGGGUACGAACAUUAUACAGGACGAUACUUGCGCUGAGGUUCCCGGCUUAGUGUCACCGCAAAUUGAAGUGUGCAAAAACAAUCCAGAGUCUUUGUUAUGUAUAAGCGAUGGUGCCCGGAUUGGUAUCUCGGAAUGUAAAUUUCAGUUCAGAAAUGAACGCUGGAACUGCACGACAAAUACAAACUACACUGUGUUCGGAGAUGUUCUAAGAAAAGGUACACGAGAAACGGCGUUCAUUUACGCCAUUUUGAGUGCUGGAGUGGUACACGCAACAACGAAAUCUUGUAGCGCGGGAAAUUUAACUGAGUGUUCUUGUGAUAUGGCUCAUUAUGGGGAGCAUGACGUCGACGGCUGGAAGUGGGGUGGUUGUAGUGACAAUAUACAGUAUGGUCUGUGGUUCAGUAAGACUUUUGUGGACGCCCCUGAAGUUAUGACUCAAGAAAGUGGAAGAAACAUAAGAAAUACAAUGAAUCUGCAUAAUAACGAAGCAGGUAGAAAAAUCGCAGAGAAUGCAAUGUCUCUGAAAUGUCGCUGCCAUGGAGUUUCCGGAUCAUGCGCAGUAAAGACAUGCUGGCGAAGCCUUCCGUCAUUUCGUGAAAUAGGGGACUCUUUAAAACUCAAAUACGAAAGGUCUGUUCCAAUAGCUCGUCGGUCAAAGCGUCGACCACGGCGUAAAGGGAAGACAAAACGCCGACAACCAAUCAAAUCUGAUGACUUAAUCUAUGUUCAUAAAUCACCAAAUUAUUGUCGCCCAAAUGUGAAAAAGGGUAUAUUGGGCACAACGGGGCGUUUAUGUAACAAAACUUCAACAGGGAGUGACAGUUGCGAUUUGUUGUGCUGUGGACGUGGGUAUAAUACACAAGUGGUCACAUAUGUGUCACGUUGUCACUGUAAAUUCAUAUGGUGUUGUCACGUUCAAUGUAAAACUUGUGAAACAAUGAUAGAAAAGCACACAUGUAAGUGAAAACUGCGUCUGUAAUUUAUGGUACAGGGGAGAUAAUCGCUAGGAGGAGAGAGGAGCACAGUAUAUUCUCGUGGUCAGUAACAAAUCAGUGUAACAGAGGAUAUUAUAUUUCUAAACUACUUUGAACUUCCGUCAACGAUGUACAGUAAAAUGUCGUCUGGGUUCCCAGACAGAGAACGCAUCAACGAGGGAGUGUGUAAACAUUGUUCAUGUACAUACAUACAUACUGUUUGUGUAUAUAUCAGCGUACUUUUCAUGUACAUUUUGUAUCAAACAUUAACUGAUACUUUUUAACUAUACAUAUUGCGAUAAUGGGAACUGUAAAAAUGUUCAGAUUUUGGUAUCAGAAAAAAUGUGACAAGAUAAAAAGGAAGAAUAUACUGAGUGUAAAAAGGAUUGCCAACUUAUUAUACGCAAUGUUAAUUUUUAUGCAAGGACUUAGAUUUGUACGUCACAUUGUGCUCUAUGCAUGCAUUGAGCAUACUAUGAUAUAUCAUGUACAUACAAACAUGUACAUUGAAUGCUCAUAAGUUAACUAUAAAUCUAGUAUAUAAAACAUGGGAAAGAUACUUCUAGAAUUUCUUGUGAAUGUGGAUUGAACUUCUGACCCAGCCAAACCGUAAAUACAGAAUGACAUAUUAUCACACAAUUAAACUUAACAUGAGCUAGUUUGAAGAAAUUUAUCAUAUUUCAGUUUGUAAAAUACACGCUAGACAUAAUUUAUGCAAAUAUUUUCACGUUUCUUCUAAAUGAGAAUGUAACAGAUGGGGGCGGGGUCUGGUUUGAAAAUGGCAUCGUGCUAUGAAAAGCUCUAGAUAUUAUUUUCUGACUUGAUAGAAUGAAAACCUAUUGUUGCCACGUUUAAUGUUAAAAAAUUACUUUAAAGCAACAUAUGACCUAUUAGAAAAAUCUAAAAAACGGUAGCACGGGAAACUUCACAAUUUUAAGCUGCAUGCCUCCAGAUGAGCCGAAAUAUUUCAAGAAAAUCAAUCUUGAGAAAAAUGUACCUAGAUCUUAAGAAAAGUCAAAAUAUUUACAAUUUUAAGGAAAAAAACAUGUUCUAUGCAAUGAAUGACUGUUUUGCAGUAUCUAUCUUAAUAUUUUUGCCGCGUUACUAACGCAGUAAGUGCUAUUUUUGCAUAUUCUGACCAGUUUCGGCAAUUUCCAUAGAUUUCAAUAGCCGUUGGCAAUGUAAAAAUUAUUUCUUUGUUCACUUGACAAUAUUUUACUAUUUAAUACAUUUUAAAAAUGCUCACUAAAAUUAGCAUGAUUCUGGAAGUAUGCUGUUUUAAGUGAAUGCGCCACAAGAUAAAAGGAGUUCAUACGUUUCGAAAGAUAGUCUGCAGUACUUUAAAAUUCAUGAACUAUUUAAAUCUGCUAAUUUCACAUGUUAUUAGAAUAAAUAUAAAGAUAUAGAUCCUCAUGAUAUGGAUAAUACAUUUUUUUUAUAUUUUUGCGUUGUUAAAUGACAUUUGUUUAUGUGUUGUAUCAAUGAACUGUGUUAGUUUAUGUGUUGUAAAUGUUUGAAUAUUUUCUGCUGAUUCAACGACGUACCUCGUGUCCGGAAUGUACAUAUUUAAAAAGGGGGUUGCUUGAUUGAUAAUUAUAUAUUUUGUUUUCAAUAACAAGUUCGAACAAAAAAAGGUAAAAUUUCAGUAUUUAAUCGAAUAAAAUCACCACCAAAAGAUGUUUUUUAAAACUGAAUGUAUUUUUUAAGAUAAUAAAGUCUCAAAAGUUUUGGGAUAUGAUAAAUUAACAUUGUAAUUGUCGUCUGAUUUCAUUAUGUUUUUGUCUUUUAUUGCAGUAUCUCAAAACAAAUAAAGGUAGCAUAACAAUCAAUGCUACCUGUUAAAAUAAUUUAAAACUUCAACAUUCGAACUAAAAUAUAUUUGAAGCAGAAAAAAUAAACUUUUUCUAGGAACGAAGGACAUAUUUUUUAUCAAAUGAACAAGCCCCUUAAAUACAGUGUGCAUUAUUUUGUAUAUAGUUGAUAGUAAAUGUACAAUAUAUAUUAUAUAAACAUUAUGUUGGUCAAUGUUUGUAUAGGUCCGGCUUGAAUCUUUAAUUUUUUCCUAUUAAUGUAUGUUAUCAAAUUAUAUUACAAUACAUACUGUUGUAUUUGAAACACAUACAAUGUUUCAAAACGCCUCAAAUAAAUGCUCGGAAGUUCACUUUAUUUUCCCUUUAUAAAUAAUUCUUAAUAAUGCGUGUUACGCCAAAUUGGUCAAUUUCAUCGAGAGAAAAAAUCUGGAAAGUGAUCCCUCGGAAACAUUAAUCUCAACAAAAUUACAUGAAAAUUGCAGACUCGGUUUGAUUGAGUCUGUACAUGAUGGAUAAUGAAUAAGUGCAACAUCCCUCACGCCCCCUAGCACCGGCUUGAGCGGUACUCAAUUCUCAACACUUAAAAGUGCUGGCAUCAAUGAUUCCGAAGGCACAGAAAAGAUAACAACACUGAAGUGCAGUAUGGGCAACUUUUUACUGGUUAACAUUAACCAAUUUAGGAAACAAAGUAAAACAUUUUAAAUGUAUUUUUGUCUCUUGUUGUUGAAUUCUAGGAUGAAAUUAAAAGUAAUCCUGAGUUCAUAGAUUGUAAAUGGCAGCACAAACAUAAUACUGAUUUUUGUUAUUCCUUAUGAUGUCUGAAUCUAUUCAAAUUGAUUAUUAGUUGGUUUAAACAUAUUUAUUUAAGCUCAAUUGCGAAACAAGUUCUUGCAACUUAUAUUAAUCACUUUCGAGUCCGCUUCCUGGUACCAACCAGUACUGGUGUCAUAUGAAGAAACAUGGCCGUGACCCGUGUAGGGUUCGAACCCAUGGCCUCUGGGUUGAGAGGCAGACAUCUAACCAGCUAGUACACCGAUUAUUAGUUAUGAUACAGUAUGACUUCUGCAGAGCCACACCCUUUGUGAGACAAAUAGAUUGGUUUCUGCUUAGAGUAGUUGCUCUACAGAGGUAAAAUGGCGUGGUAAUCUUUACUUUGGGAAGAAAUUAUAUUGUUGUUGUAAAGAGGUAGUUGUUUAACAGAGGGUGCUCUACAGCGGUUUCACUGGUUUUGUUAAGAUAAUUAAUCCACUUUGAGCCGAUGUCAGACAUAAAAAGUACAAUUAUACAAGUUUAAAUAAAAUAAAAUAGUCAUGUUGUUAACAGUUAUUUCCUUCUAAAUAUUUAAAUUCUAAUUUUUCGUUGUCACAAUGUAACUUUCAAUAAAAGAAAAUAGCUAUUGACAUUUUUAAUUCUAUUUUGAAAAAGAGAAUCCUUGUUAUCAAUUCACUAUUAUAUUACUUGUUUUUAAUACAAUGUAACGCAAAUAUAUUAAAAACAUGUUAACAAUAAACGUUGAGAAAGUAA